UAGUUACUGAGUUUUUAACAGGUUCACAAGAUGGCGAAGACGUAUGACUACUUGUUCAAGUUGUUACUCAUCGGAGAUUCUGGUGUUGGGAAAACAUGUGUACUGUUCCGUUUCUCCGAGGACGCCUUUAACUCUACUUUUAUUUCUACAAUAGGUAUUGAUUUCAAAAUUAGGACGAUAGAACUUGAUGGAAAGAAAAUUAAAUUACAAAUAUGGGAUACUGCUGGGCAGGAGCGGUUCAGGACCAUAACUACAGCUUACUACAGGGGUGCCAUGGGUAUAAUGUUAGUAUAUGAUAUUACAAAUGAAAAGUCAUUUGAGAAUAUACGAAACUGGAUCCGCAAUAUAGAGGAGCAUGCUUCCCAAGAUGUGGAAAAGAUGAUUUUAGGAAACAAAUGUGAUAUGAAUGACAAGCGGAUGGUAUCCAAGGAGAGGGGCGAACAGUUAGCAAUAGAACAUGGUAUCAAGUUCAUGGAGACGAGUGCUAAAGCCAGCAUCAAUGUAGAGGAUGCUUUCUUCACACUGGCGAGGGAUAUUAAGGCAAAAAUGGACAAAAAACUGGAAGCUUCCAGUGCACAGAACAAAGGAGGUGGAGUCAACCUUAAAGAAAAACCUCAGCAAAAGAGUUCAAGGUGGAGAUGUACCAUACUGUGAAUGUUAAGUGUGUUCUGAUUGGAUAUAAACUGUCAUGUGAUACCCUAAAGACCAUAUGAUUGGCUUUGAGGUAUUUCUGUUGGGGCUAUACCAAGGAGCAGAUGUUGGAUAUGACCUUUCUGUGUGGUAGAGCCAGGGUCAAACGUACUAAACCUGAUCUUCGCAUUGGAGAGUUCUGUUAUUAUGUUUUAAAUGGAUACUAUCAUAUUAGUUUGUUUGACCCUUGACCCCAUGAGCCUUCUUAGUAAAGGAAGAUAAUACUGUUCUAUUUGAUGUGACUUAGAAUUUAAUAAUUUCUUCAUGUUACUGAUCAUAUGUGAUGUCACCAAAAGAUGAGAUCACAAUAAGAUGACAUCACAGGCAAAUGACAUCACAAAGUGAUGACAUCAAAAAAUGAUGACAUCACAGGUAGAUGACAUCACAUGCAGAUGGCUCGCUUUAGAAGAGGAUGACAUCUGAGGCAGAUGACAUCUGGUGAACUAUGACCUUAUUGAUGGAGGAUGACAUCACGUUGUGCUCAACUUCUCUUAAAUAGGAAUAAUUCUCACAAAAAGCCUGAAGUAGUUAAGUACUA